AUGGGCGGGCCAUCGGGCGAGGCUCGAUUCUCCUUCUGUCCCAACCUCACUGGCAGGGUCAAAAUCAGUACGUGUGGAUCUGAUUUUGAUACGUGGCUGCAUGUGAAGUCCCCAAUUGUGGAUGUGAAUUGCGACGACUGUGGUGACUGUGCCCCUCAAACAGAGCUGUCAGUCGACGUCCUCGCGGACGAAUGCUAUGACAUUUUUGUUGAAGGGUUUCAGGAGUCUGAAGGUGACUUCGUCUUGUCGCUUACUUGCUCGACGGCGACUACAACUACGGUGAUGAAUGCUCUUGUUCCGUGCGGGAGCCCAGUGAGCGGUUCCACUGUUGGCUUGCCGGACACUCUAGGAUUCCGCGGAGGCGAAGCGCAUUGGAGCUUCUGUCCAAACAGCACUGGCAGGGUCAAGAUCAGCACGUGCCUGUCGAGUGGGAUGAGGCCCACUCUCUUCUACUUGAAAGGCCAUGACAUUGAUGUGGAUUGCGCAUGGGAUUGCCACGCGUCGUGCGGCCAUAGAGAGGCUUGGGUGGACGUCCGAGCUGGCGAAUGCUACGACAUCAUUGUUGAGGGAUAUGAUUUUGAGCAAGGCGACUACACAUUGUCGAUCUCCUGCCCCGUCGCAAUCAACACGACAGCGGUUGUGUGCGGGAGUACCGUGAAUGGGUCGUCCGUGGGUUUACCAAAUUUCAAUGGCGGACCACAGGGUGACGCCAGGUAUGUGUUCUGCGCCGACCACACCGGGCGAGUCCAGGUCAGCACUUGCGGGUCAGACUUGGAUACCGCGCUGCACGUGCAAGGUCCAGGCGUUGAAGGUGAUUGCGACUGUGGUGACUGCUACUGGCUGACUGCUCAACCUGGCGACUGCUAUGACAUCUUCGUGGAAGGUGAGCGUUUAGAUGGGGACUACGUGUUGUCAGUCACUUGCCCCGCUGCAUCGAACACGACAAUGCUUUCAUGUGGGAGCACGGUGUAUGGUUCGACUGUGGGCCUGCCAAACACCAUAGGGCAUCAAGGGCAUCAAGCUGGAGAUGUGCAGUACUGGUUUUGUCCUUCCACGGCUGGCACAGUCCACAUUAGCACCUGCGAGUCGAACUUCAAUACUUGGCUGCACGUCCAAGGUCCCGCUGUGAACUAUUCCUGUGGCGGAUGCGGCCACUGUGGUUUGUCGGACUACGGGGACUCUGAGGUCACCAUCAGCUUCCUUCCGGACAAGUGCUAUUCGAUUCAUGUGGACGGCUUUGAUCGUUUGUACGCGUAUGAGGAGAACGAGGGAGACUACUCUCUCACCUUGACUUGCACUGCCCCAAGCACCACGAAUAACACAAAUGUCACAUGUCCCGUGUACAUCGCGGGGGCCAACCCGAUACCUGAGCUCCUCGCCUUUGCUGAGCCCGUGGUGGUCUUGCCUUCCGUGGAGUCAGUGUUGGACUCACUUGCCGAGGGCUUGACAAGCACCUCGGGAGCAGAGCUCCUGCUCCCGAUGGGUUUGUAUGAUGAAAAUUCGAUUCCGAGCUUCGCUUACUUGGAUGCUCUGGCCCGUUUAAUCUUGGAUGGGCUACACCUCCUCCUUGUCGGCGGACGAGCCAUCGAUUUCCUCAACGAGCUCCGGUGGGAGUUGGGUUUCCAUGGCGAUGGCUUCGGGCUUCUCUACGAGAGAAGCUGCAGCUCCGGGUACGGGGAUGACGAGGAGUGGCGUUUGUCGGGUGAUGGAUUUGGAGGCGGUCCCAAGGUUUUGCCAGUGAGUCCUUAUAUGUCUUGUGUAGAGCUUCAGAGUCUGCCAGAGACGGUCGAUGGACUUUACGACAACAUUGGGAACGCAGUGGCCUGGACGUCUCGUCAUGGCAAGGGACGCAUCACGUUUCUCGGAGUCAUCUACAACAGUCCGUUCCUUCCGAUGCCCUCGGAAUGGCGGCAUCUUCUCGUCAGCUCGUUCAGCGCAACUUGUGGGCGCGAGGAAGACAAUGUGACUACUAUCACUACGACCUCCUUCCAUGUGACUCCUAUCACUACCGUCACUACGACCUCCUACACCGUGACUGGGAUGCCCCGACCGCGAUCAGGAGUGAACGUUUCUUGUGGGAGCAUUGUUCAUGGAAGCAUGCCAGAUUUUGAAGUCAGCCACAUCUUCUGCACCCCGCCACAUCCGUCACAGAUCGGCGAUGUAUUGAUCAGCACCUGCGGGUCUUCAUUUGACACCACGUUGGCUGUGCGCGAGGGUUUGGAAGAGAAGUGGUCAUGCACCUACUGUGGCAACUGUGGGGCAAACGCCGAGCUUAAGAUGGAUUGGUUGGCAGCCGACACAUGCUACAGCAUUGAGGUCGGCGGCCGACACGCCACGGGCAAUUACUCCCUAUGGGUUUCUUGCUGCGACGAGGGUUUGUGCAACCACCGUGGCACAGUGACCCACAAGGCCUGGGGUCCUGCUAUCACGGAUUCGCCCGAGCUGUGCGGGUGCCUUUGCUUCUAUCCUUAUGCCGGACCCACCUGCAGCGAGUGUGCGAGAAGUUCUCUGUCAAUCUUUAAGGAUGGCACCUGCCAGCGUUGUUGGGAGGAAGGUGUUAGCAAGAGUCUUGUUGCUCUGCAUGGCACCACUGUGCUUUGGAAGUCAGGCGUUUUGCAUCCCGAGUGUGCUACUGGCGAAUCUGCCAUGCAGGUCAGCUACCGCGCCACUGUGGGGGAAGUCACACAGCAAAGUGACAGUCUGCGCGUAGAGAUGGGCGCUUGUCUGGAUGCCCGCCAGCAGACUUCUGAGGCUGUCUCUGUAUAUGCCAAUGGAGUGUCAAUUGGCAACGUCUACUGUGCUCCUGAAGUACACUGCGACCUCGGCUUUGCUCACGCAGUCAAGUCCACAAGGAUCCCUUUCGCCAUUCAGAUGCUUUCGUGGUCGGAAUCGACCUUGGCCGCGCUGUCCCUGCUUGAGCUGCUGGUCGGUGCAUUCAAUGGCAGCCAGGUUCUGAUUGCUGACCUUCGGGGGAACCGCUUCAAUAGCACCUUGAGCUCCGAGUCCCUUUUGGAGGUUCAGGCUUUCUUCAAUGCUCAGUUGCAGUUGACACAGAGCCAUGGUUUCUCCUGCUCCUUCCCGGACCCGACCCUUUUCGGGAAGCAGGUCCCUGAACUUCUGAUCCUAGUUGGGGCCCUCUGUGCUGGUUCAGACGACUUGCUGCAGCCCUUCGUGCGCGAGGGUGGGCAGGUGCUCUACCUGCGCCAGUACCAAAGAGGAGCUCUUCCCGGGUUCAUCUCUUACAUUGAUCUGGGCAGCCAGGUGUCAGGCUUUGCCCAGCCCACUUGCAACUUUGUGAAAUCCUGGCUGAAACGAAGGAGGGGCGAUGCCGACUGCAUUCACGACAUUCACGACGGCGAGAUCAGUUUCGAGCCGCUGGAAAUCAGGGCCUUUCAACGAAGCAUGCUCAAGUUUCAGAAUCUGUGCCCCAUCCGGGCCUGUUGCAUCGGCCAGCAAUGCAGCGACCUCACCGAUGCUGACGAAGACGCCGCAAUGUGCUGGACCCCGCUCCUGGAGAUGGGCAUCUACAACGUGACGGUGACCUUCUGGGAUGUGAAAGAUGGGAACCUCGGCACGCUGCGCCUCAAUGUGAGCCUCAAUGUGGCUGCUCCCAAAUCAACCCUCCAAGCCGACCGACCUGAACGUUUUGAGUCCAAUCCGUCGACUCUUGCGCAGGCGGUCUUGCCAGAGCUCCUUCCGUGGUACGCUUCAAGAGACGAGGCCUACAAUACGGGCUCUUUCUCGUCUCUCUACGAUCACAGCAUGUCCCGCUGCUGCGACCACGUCGCCGUCGCAACAGAUCUUGCCAUCAUGGGCCGGCUGGACAGAGACUACGCGCCCACAUGCAGCCAAAACUUUGAUCGCUCUCAACAUGAAACGCCGGCACCGAUUCAGCACGAAAGACCAUUUCCCACGACUCUGCGAUUCGUGGCUUUGCGCUGCUAUGUCAAAAGCACGCAAGUCGAGGCAGAUGGGCCAGAUGGCGCAAGCUGCAAUUUGCCAAGUUUGCCAAGCCUCGAGCCACCACCGCUCGCACUCGCGGAGGAGGAACACACGUGGAUCUGGCAGCAGAAGGUGGAUUCCUACGUCCGCGCUGCCGAGCAGCACGUGGAGCAGCAUGUCAACAAUGCGGAACCACUGGACCCACUGGCCUCAGGGCCUAAGCGUGCCCAGUGGAUCGUACGCCAAGCCCUGAAAGCCACGGGUCUCCAGAGCCGAUUCCAGUAUCGCACCCUCAAAGGCUGCGAUGAGGAGGAGGUCCCAGAUCGCUGGGGGCAGUGCCACUGGGCUUGGGGCGCCCGGGCUUCCGAGGCUGGGCCGCACUUGCUCAGCGCGGGCUUCCGGGAGCUAAGCGGAAAGGUCUGGAACGGGAACCUGCGGAACCUCUCCGUGGCCCGGAAGGGGGACAUCCUGGUGCUGCCCGCCUUCAAUCUCACCUACGAGUCCGAUGCUGUCUUGGACUACUCCUGCGAUCUCGGCUUCAUUGCCAUCAAACGCUCGGACAGCUCGGAUUCCUGGGUGUCGGACCAAUUUCUAAGCUUGGGCAUCUUCUCGGCCAUGCUUGACAUGCGGGCAGCCGGCAUGCCCAGACUUUAUAGGCUGCGAGAAGAUGCAGGGAUUGUGCCCGAGCCUCAAGAGCGGUUGCUGCCCAUGGUGAUGAAGGAGGAUCUUCUUCGAGGUCUUGCGCGAGCGGAAGCUCUUCAGUGGCAUCAGCAGCAUGCCGCGGCCGCACGAGACGUCUCGGAUACUGAGCUGCAAGAGUAUCCUUGUCCGAGCGUGUGGCAGCCCGCGGGAAUCGACGGAGGCCGACCGGUUCCCAGCAACAUGCCUCGCCAGCUAAGAGAGGUCGGCUUCGGUGCGUUCGAAGAUUUAGAUCCAUCCUCGUUUGCUCGGAAGACUUGGUGUUUCGAGAUGGCGCCGCGAGUGUUCAGGCACUUUGGGGUGAGAUGUUGCUACGACUCCGGCAGGCGAUUUAUCACAGAUUGGCCCUCGACAAUCCUUCUCGGUGGUGGUGAGGCGGCAUUGUGGACCUUGGUUGAGGAGGCCGAUGCCGAGAGGCUGGAGUUUAAGGAGGUUGCCACCACAACCACCACGGCCACCACGGCCACUACCGCCGUGACCAACACCGCCACCACCACCACCACCACCACCACCACCACCACCACCACCACCACCACCACCACCACCACCACCGCCACGGGCGUUGACGUGUCAUUUGCCGGAAUUGAAUCCGCAAUCUCCAUGCAGAAGGGCACAGUGGAUCUUCGCUGGGGAAACGCCAGGAUGGAUUCCAACAGCACUCAGCUCAUCUCUGGCAUCACCUACCUCUUGCUGCGGGCGGAAGCCGAGGAGCUCCUCUUGAACAUCGAGGGGUUGUUUGAGUUGUUUGAGUUGUUUGGCCAACCCCAAGACUUUGACUUUGGCAGCUCGGGCAUUGUUGCGACAAGCACCGAUCGCUUGAAUGCCAGCAUCAGCGGCCUCGAGCCUCAGUCCACGCACUUCUUCCUUGUGUUGGCCGUCGUGGAACACCAUGGAUCCCCCAACGGCCCCAACAUCUCCAUGUCCCGCAACCGCCGGGUCUCCCGUGUGGUCAUCGCUUCCGAGGACGCGGUUGAACAAGAUGGCGCAAGACUCGUGGAAGUUUUGGCCACGGAGACGCUGACAAUUGAAGUCACGAACUCGAGCGUGCAGUUCGAAGCAUCUGAGUCGGGUGGCCUGCCCGUGUUGAACACGGGAUGUUGCCUGUCGGGCUUGAGUAGCGAGGGAGACCCUUUCUUCGUGAUCGUUGAAAGCAUCGAGGAAGUCGGGCCACGGCUGGUGGCUCGGACCCGCCCCGCCCAGAUUACGGACCUCUACAAGCGCCUCGUGCUGGACGAAGCACUGAUCCUGAGAGGCGAGGACGACUUAGACUCCGACUCGGCCUCUGCUCUGGGCCGCCGCCUCUCGGCGAGUCCUUUGAAGGAAAGGACCACCCUGAAACAAUCUGCCAGCGGGUUUGUGAAAGCAGGCCUCAGGGUCUACGCAAAUCUUGGGGUUGAGAUCGGUCUGCAAGUGACAGUGGACCUUGACUGGGCCAUCGACAAGUUGGAAGUCAGCGCCAAGUACUCCGUCGGCUGGUCCCUCACGGCCGGCGUGGACUUCAAGGCGAGCGUCGGGAUAGGCUACAAUGAGGAGAUCGCCUUCCCGGUGAAUCCCAAGUGGGCCCAAAUCAGGUUCCCGCUGUUCACCGGCUUCUGGCUGACCUUGAAGCCAUCUCUAGGCUUCUUUGCCUCCGGUAGUGUUACCGCCGACCUGGCCGCCAGCACCUCAUGGGUCGUAGGAGAGACUCAGACGUUCCAGGCAUCUCGCCGAAAUGGGAACUGGCUUGGGACCUACACAUACACCCCGCAGCCACCGAAGCUCACAAGCAUCGCAGACCUCAAGGGCUCAAUGGGCCUGAAGCUCUCAACGAAGCUCAGUCUCAGCUUCCUGGCCUACGGCCUCUUCGGGAUGAAGGUCUCCCUGCAGCCGGAGCUGUCUUUCGACAUGGCCUCGGAGAUUCCUCUCAUCGGCUUUCUCAAUGCACAGGACCCUUUGGGCGGAUUUCACCUUCGGAAGUUCGAGCUGAACUUCAACUUGCACGCGGCGCUGGCCAUCGAUUGCGGGGAGUUUGAUAGCCAUCAGAGCUGCCCGGGUGAGAUUGCGAAAGGCACCCCUUUCACAAAGGCCCUCUUGAAGUUGCCCACAGGACGGAUCGACGCGUUGGGAUCCUGCUCAUUCAACGCCGGCCGGACGGGCGGUGUGGUCCUCAACAUGGACCGUGCUCUUUGGCUGGUGGACUCGGAUCUUUUCGAACAUCGGGGUUCCAGCAGCGACUCGCUGCUCAGACUGCAGUUGAAAGACAAGGAGGAGGAGGAGGAGGGAGCCCGGCCCGGCACAGUCUACCUUUUCCAGUCCUCCCGGAAGUUUCCGCAGCUUCGCAUCUUGGCACAGACGAGCUUGCUCUCCGACUGCAGGAAAGUUCCACAAGAGAGCAACGACCCGUACAGAGGAGGCAAGAAGUGGCGACGGCGGCGGUCACCGGCCGCUGGGUCAGGGGAUCCGCACUGUAGCACCUUCGACGGACUUCGCUUCGAGUGCAACUUCCUCGGCGAGAUCCUUUGGACAAAGUGCGAGACCUUCGCGGUCCACGUCUUCACAGAGCAGGCCCUGAGUCAGGAGAGCAAGGCCACGGUCAUCAGAGGCUUCGCUGUGAGAGAGGAGGGCCAGGUCGUCCAGGCGGUCCUUCAAAGCAACGUGACCCUGGACAACAACGGCAACAAUGGCACCAAGGCUGCUAACGCUUCGAGCUUUGCGAGCUUUGCGAGCUUCGAUGUCUUGGUGGAGGGCGACGGCAGCCACAUCAGCACGCGGCAGUUCGGGGAGGUGCUGGUGCUGGAGACCCUUCGCGGCCACGAGGUGACGGCCAUCUUCCACGCGACGCACAUCUUCUUGCAGAUUGUACCAGCAGAUCAUUGCUUCAAUCGAAUGGAGGGUCUUCUGGGCAACAACAACGGGGAUGCUGCGGAUGACUUACAACCUUUGGGUUCCAGCAGCUCCCUCCCAACAUCAUCCUCAGCAGAGGAGAUAUACGAGCAGCACGUACUUUCUUGGUGCAUUGAUGAUUUUCUGGACUCGCUCUUCCCACAGGACCUUUUCCACGCUUGCCAGCGCAACUACUGGCCCACGUUCAUUUCAAGCUUAGAUCGAUCCACUUGUCCGGAGACUUGCGCAGGUGAUGCCUUCUGCUGCCUGGAUUACGUGGUCGCCGGGGAGGACAUGGCCGUGGCUUCCCUGGCUGAGCUUCAAGCCACCGAUGCAGCUCAGCGCGCGGCUUCAGCUUUUGGAAAGGAUCCUCCCAGCCUUCAGCUGCCAACCGAAAUCUUUGCCACAUAUGGCGCAGGCACAGUGUUGCAGUUCACCGUGGGCGCAGAGACCAUGGAGGGCAACAGCAUCCAGGAACUCAACUGCUCCGUUUGUAAUCGGGUGUCCUGUGCAGUGUCGGGGCUAGGGGAGGUUCGGGCAUCGCUCGAAGUCUACGACAACGGCUCCUUGGUGCUGGGCCCCACGGAGUGUGUCGCGGUGGAUGCUGGUGGCUUGUCAACUCUGGGAGGCGGGGCCGCCUUCAGAAGGCCCGGGAUCUAUGUGCCGCUAUUGCCGCUAUGUGCCACUUUGUUCUUUUUAGUUGCGCCUGUGCUUUCUGAUACAGAUCACAGCUACAAUGACAAGCUCCAGCACGACAUCAUCACAGAUCCCGGCCACGAUGACGAGCACGUGGACAAGCUCCAACACACUCUCCUCGACAGCAUCCUCAACAGAGAUCACCGCCGCGAUGACGAGCACGUGGACAAGCUCCAUCACACUCUCAUCGACAGUGACUUCAACAGAGAUCACCGCCACGAUGACGAGCGCGUGGACAAGCUCCAACACACUCUCGUCUACAGCGACUUCAACAGAGAUCACCACCACGAUGACGAGCACGUGGACAAGCUCCAACACACUCUCAUCGACAGUGACUUCAACAGAGAUCACCACGAUGACGAGCACGCGGACAAGCUCCAACACACUUUCAUCGACAGUGACUUCAUCAGAGAUCACCACCACGAGCAUGUUGUCAAGCCCCAGCACACCCUCAUCGACAGUGACCUCAACAGAGGAGCAGAUCACAACCACGCCGACGAGCACGUGGACAAGUUCGAACACAGCCAUGUCCACGCAGGACAGCAGCCAUUGCUUGCCAACCGUCCUCUCAUCACGUGGCAGUAUUUUAUCAGGUCGUCGCACUCGCGUUUGAGUGAAACAUCGACUUCCACGCCCGCUCGACCCAACCUUGCCCUCUACAAGCCUGUGCUGGCAUCCUCUUUCCGUUCGGCUACGGAGUAUGCCGCUCAAGCCGUGGAUGGGAACUUGCAGUCGCAGUGGGCCUCUGCGCCACAGAGUCUGCAAUGGCUGUGGGUGGAUUUGCUUGGCGUCUACGAAGUCGCAGCUGUCGCCAUUUCCUGGGGUGAAGAGUCAGAAGCUGUGCUUCAAACCAGUUUCAAUGGCCUGGAAUGGAAAGACGUCUCAGAUGUCGCAACUGGCCCAGACUCAACUGAUUUCAACCCGCCCAUUGAGGCGCAGUGGUUGCGGGUAGUGUGCCAAGAAAGCUGCAGCAUCCGCGAGCUUGCCGUUCAUGGUGACAGGCCACAGCAGAACCUUGCUCUUUGGCGGCCCACACUGGCCUCCUCCCAUGCAGGCUUUGAGCAUGUCUCGCGCAUAGUGGAUGGUUUGGAGGAGACUGAGUGGAUCUCUGGGUCAGAAUCCCAGCCCUGGGCCUGGGUGGAUCUUCUUGGGCUCUACACGAUCUCAGAGAUUGAGGUGCUUUGGGGAGUAGCAUAUGCAGCACACUAUGAGUUACAGACGAGCCGUUCCGGCGUCGACUGGGCCACCGCUGCCACAGAGGCCGGCACAGAGGGCAGCCGGGUGCGCACCAAGCUUCCAGCCGGCACGCAAGCACAAUGGGUGCGCGUCCUGUGCGUCUCCUUGGCCGGCUUUCAGUGCGGCAUUCGAGAGCUUCGGGUAUUUGAAGCAGUAAAACCGGUCCCGGGCUCCCCCUCCUCCGAGAAUCUCGCUCAGAGCAAACCUGUCUUGGCUUCGUCCGAGCUGUUGCCGCAUGUUGCUACCAAAGCCGUGGAUGGACUCAGUGACACGCACUGGGCCUCUGCUGCUUCAGGCAACCAGUGGAUCCGCCUGGACCUUUUGGGCCACUACGUCCUCAGCCAUGCUGUGCUGCUUUGGGGCCCAAGUUCAAGUGCUUGGCCAGUCAGCUAUGAUCUUGAGAUCAGUUUCAAUGGGUUGACAUGGGAAGCCCUCGUGGCAGACAUCCUCCCGGAGGCUCAAGUACAAACAGAGCUCCCGGCAGUGACCACGCAAUGGCUGCGGGUCUACUGCAGGAGUGAACACGGCUGUGGCAUUCAGGAGCUGCAGGUCUACGGGGCGCCGGCCCUUCGGCGGCUUGCCUUGCGGCACAUCUCAGUCACGUCGCAGCCCAAGAAGGGGGCCUUCUUGGUGAGGCUGGCGCUUGGGCUGGCGCUUGUGCUGGCAGUCCUCACGAUGUCCGGGUGUGUCUGGUGCCUUCUGGGCAAGGAUGGAUUGCAGCUGCCACAAGAUGCCCCAAAAGUCAUGUCUGGUCUUGUGUCCUUGGGGAAGCGCGCCUGUGAAUAG